AUGUACAUUGCCGGCCUAACAUUGUUUCUGGCAAAUACUGGCAAACUCAUCCCAAAUCUACAGCAAUUCUGGUCUGGAAAAGCAUCGUCUUCAGGUACCGUUGUAGACUUCAAGAAGCUCCUACAUUGCAAAUUUCCGAUCAUGGGGAUUUUCUUCAGCAGCCGUCAGAGUACCUCCAAAACGUUCCAACGUCUCCAAAAUGAUCCUCUCAGGGACAACACCAUUCGCUACAAUGGAGCCAGUACGAUCCCAAUGGGGUCGGAAGAUCACACUCACUUCUUCAAGCAAUGCCCAUCUUGUUCGAGCUGGGAGCGCGAGAACCAGGUCAAGUGCUCACAUCACUGCAAAGGGCGACUGAAUACUGACAAUGAGAUGAUUGAAAAAGCUUUGUUCGAGAACGUCCGGAAACGCAGUGUGAAGCAGAAGAAGGAGGGCAUUAAUGAGAAGGCCAUAAACAUCGAAACUACUAUUGAGGUAUUGUCAGAGAUUGCACCAUUUUUAGCUGCAGAUGAAGGCAAACUUAGACAAGUGCUAUAG